CAAAGGCCCUCUCCGACUGGACGCAAGCUCCCGCACCCCCUCCUGCCAUUCUGCUGCUGAGCCUUGUGGCUCUCUGCCAUGGCUCCCCGCCUCCUCUGGCUACCUGCCUGGCCCAGCCUUCCUUGUCGAGGGACUUGUCCUGCAACUGCAUUUGAUGCUCAGGGACCCUCGCAGCCAAGGAAGCGGCCCCCUCCCUUCCCCACCGCCUGGGACUGCUCCCUCGUUCUCGGACAGCCACAGAAAUCUCAGCAGCCAUGGCGGCCCUGGCCCUGCAGUUGGCGGGGCUGGCCCUGUCGGUCUUGGGCUGCCUGGGGGCCAUCUUGGCUUGCGCCCUUCCCAUGUGGAGGAUGACGGCCUUCAUCGGCUCCAACAUCAUUGUCGCACAGGUCUUCUGGGAGGGCCUGUGGAUGAACUGCGUCUACGAGAGCACCGGCCAAAUGCAGUGCAAGAUCUACGACUCCUUGCUGGACCUCCCCUCGGACCUGCAGGCUGCCCGUGCUCUUGUGGUGGUCUCCAUCGCGAUGGCCUUCCUGGCUCUCCUCGUUGCUAUCACCAGCGCCGAGUGCACCCGUUGCAUCGAGGACCGAAGCGUCAAGGCCAAAGUCUCAGCGGUGGCCGGCACGAUCUUUGUCCUGGCUGGGCUGACUCUUCUUGUUCCCGUGUCUUGGUCAGCCAGCACCAUCAUCAGCAACUUCUACAACCCGCUGGUGCCUGCGGCCCUGAAACGAGAGCUGGGGGUGGCUCUGUAUGUGGGCUGGGUGGCCAGCGGCCUCUUGAUGUUUGGGGGCUUCACCCUCUGCUGCCUCUUCCCUCAAAACAAGGUUGAGAAACCCUUCCAGAUGAGAUAUAGUGCAGGAAGACGUUCCAACCUGGGCAGCUACGCCCGGAAAGACUAUGUGUAACUUCCCUCAGAAAGCCUUUCUCCCUCUGUACCUCACAGAGAAAGAAAAAACCCUCUCCCUUCUCUGGGACUGACAGGAAAAGGGAGACCGCAGAGGCCUGAGUGAUAGUCAACCAGUGUUCCCAAUCCUUCCAGAUAGGGUUGCCAACUUCCUGGGUGGCAACUGAAAAUCUUCUGGAUCACAACUGAUCUCUAGGGCCGUUUCCACACAGUCCACAUAUCCCAGGAUGGGCAAGUGAAAUAUCCCAGUUGUGCACGUUUUCCACACGUUUUCCACACGGUUCCCGGUGCUAAUGCGGGCCUGCCCUGGUGUUGCCCCAAGAAAUUCCCCUUAGCCCAGGAUUUUCAAAAAUCACCAACUUGGUGAUUCUUUUCAAAUAUCCCGGGGUGACCCCUCUGCUAUGCAAACACCAUGGAAGCAGAAUCAGUUUAUUUUCCCCACCUUGCCGCUCUUGACCAAUCAAGAUAUUUGCGCAUGAGGGGAUGCACUUGUGGUGUAAAUACGAAAGACCCGAGCUUGUGCGGAACAAACUAGAGUAUUACGUCCCGGUCCUAACUUGGCUCCUGGAAAGAAAUGGGCGGCCGUGUGGAGGGAGAAGCUGGGAUAAAAUAAACCCAGGUUAAAAAAACACAGUGGUACACAGGUAUUAUUUUGCCAUGCAGAAACGAACUAGGAGAUAGAGAUCAGUUCACUGGGAGAAAAUGGCCGCUUUGAAAGAUGGAUUCUGUAGCAUUAUGUCCCAUUGAGACUCCUCCCCUCUGGAAACCCCACCCUCCUCUGGCUCCACCCCCACAAUCUCCCGGUAUUGCCCCACCCGAAGCUGGCAACCCUAUCUUCAGAUAUCCCUCUCAGAGCUCCAGCUUGGGUGAUGCUUGGUGCUGAGGAAACGUCUGGGCCGGCCUGUUCUCAUGUGAUUUGUGCAAAUGUAUUGAUGCAGUCCGUGGAAAGAGGUCCUGCUACAAAACGUGUGUUUGUUUUAUAUUGCUUUCACUUGUAUUGCUUCCCCCAGUGAAUCCUGGGAACUAGGUUGCCAACAACCUGAAGGAGAAAAAGGCACGCUCCUGUCUGUUUCCACGCAUGAAGGGGCAAGACAUUUUUCCCUCCAAGUUGUUGGCACUCCGCAAGGAAACUGAAGUUUUAAGCUUCUUUUAGACAUCCCCAGUCCAGAAAUCCCUCGUUCAAGAAAUUACCAGCUCUCUGAGCUCUCAAAGGCACCUGGUGGGCCACUGCAAGUAGCAGAGUGCUGGACUAGAUGGACUUUGGUCUGAUCCAGCAGGCUCGUUCUUAUGUUCUUACCCUCUGAUGGGCCAUGGCACACGCCAGCAACAUUUAUGCUAGGUGAAAGGCGGGGGUAUCUUUGCUGUCCAAUCCAAUCAAAUUUUAUGGUUACGGUCAAUGACCGGCAAUUACAAGUAAUAAAAACAUUAAAAGAAAAUUCAGCAUUAAAAAAAAAAGUUUCUAGAACUUCUGGUGCUGCCUGACUUGUGAAAGUUUAUUCUCAUGCCCUCUGACUGGCAGUGUUAAUGGAGUUUAUGUCCUAGUGCGCACGCACGAUUCAGCAUUUUAAAAUAAACCAUUAAAAAGUAGUGCUGUCUGCAUGUUUGCCAGUCUUCCGGAUUUUUCUGCACACCUCCAGUUAUCCUGCUGUCCCGAGACAUCUUGUGAAAGUUUAUCCUCGGGCCCUCUGAUUGGCAACUGCGCAUUCCAGCAACUGUGCAUUCCAUGCAAAAGGAGCAUUUAGUUCAAAUGCAAAGUUCAGCAUUUUAAGUCAGUUAAUUCUAGAAGAUGGCAACAAGUUGCAUGCUAUAAAAAUAUAGUCAGUCAUGAAGAAGAAGAAGAAGAAGAAGGAGGAGGAGGAGGAGGAGGAGGAGGAGGAGGAGGUUCACCAGAGAAGCCUGUGCCACUCACAUGGAGGAGUGGGGAAUCAAACCCGGUUCUCCAGAUUAGAAUCUACCUGCUCUUAACCACUACACCAUGCUGUGAUUGUGUUGUCUUAAAGAAGAAGAAAUGGAUCCGACUAAACUUCUCUAGCUGGAGAUUUCCUUGAAAGACUAAAAGCAAUCUGGGCAUAACGUCUGCAUUGCACACCAAGUAUCUGGCAGAAGAGAGAACCCCUUAGACCUCACACUAUAAGGCGUUGGAGGCAAAUGUCUUGGGCCAGUCCCGGCCAUCUCAUCCCCUUGUCUAGGCUAAAUGACAGCGAAUUGUAUUUUAUAACAAUUAUAUAGAGCAGAAUGUACCAUAAAAAGCCCAAGGGCUUGUACAGAGCUGUGGAAUUCAAAGGCCCUUCCCAUCUCGCACUCCUCUUACUGUGUACUCUGCCGGAUGGGUGUUUUCUCUUCAGGAUCUUGUAGGUAUGCGUCUCCUGCUCUUUAAAAUUUUAUUUGCCUUUUUCAAAAUAGUACCAAACAAAUCAACGCUGGCAAUAAUUAACAGGUUCUUACCACACCCCGUCCAUCCGUUGCCACUUCAGGAACAUUCUGUCUUUCCCACCCUCAUGUGGUCUCUAAUAUAAAAUUUAGCAAGGUGAUAAAAAACAUGAAAACAUGUAGAGCUGAAAACACCCCUCUGAAUUUCAGGAGACGCCACGUUCCCUCAAGAGGCAGGGAAAACAAGUGAGAUUGCAAAUAAGCAGUGGCGUAAAGGGCAAUCUAUUCCAGCUGCCCUCACUUCCUUUUAAAAAUUGCUUGCUAUUUUCAGUCAAAUGAAUUUGGGUCGCUUUUCUUCCAUUAUAUUUCGUCUUUCUUGGUGUGGCUAAAACUGUUUCUUCCAAAUAGCAAUGAAAGGGAGUCUAGGCUGCACUGCAGGCUGGAGGCUCAUCGGAUGGAUGUUGUUCCAUACUCUAAAAUCGUCCCCACCCAGAAAUCCAACAUGCCAAGGGAAAAGAUGCCCUGACCGGGAUGGCCUGAUGCCAUCAGAAGCUGAGCAGAGCUGGCCUUGCUUAGACCUUGCAUGGGAGACCACCACCAAGGAAGUUCAGAGAUGCUCCACAGAGGCAGACAUAGCAAACCACCUCUGAACAUCUCUACAGGGUUGCCCAAGUCAGCGGGGACCUGACGGCACUUUACACACGCACGCACGCACGCACGCACGCACGCACGCACGCAAGUAAAAAAGUGGUAACAGUCCUACGUAGGUGGAUUGAGGCAAUGAUUAUGUGAAUGUCAGGUGUGGUACAGUCCAGACCCAAAGUGGGCUAUUUAUUUAACUUACAAAUGAAGUUCUUGGCAGGCCUCUGCCCAGCAGGACCUGUAGCAGGCAGGAGCAAGCAGAGUCAGAUCUGAAAGGUUUUGCCAACUGAUGCCCAUAGUUGGAAUCCAUGGCCGUGCCUGAGAUGAGUGGCCCUUGUUUUUAUUCUUUUGGCAUUUUAAUGCCCCUCUCUGUUCCUGGUCCAGUUUCUCAUUGACCCUUUGCUUUGCUGCUUGGAAGAAAAACAGCUUUUGCCCAAAGGACCUUCCAUGAAGCGUCAAAGAGAGUCUCUGUUUGUUGUUACACAACACUAUCCCAUUUUAUAGGUGGAAUUAUGUUCAGCCUCCGGGACUUCACUUUAGGUCUGUUUACUGGUUAUCAAGCUAAGCCAUAUUGAGGGGCUGCUUCGCAUCCAAGCCAUUUCUCCCUGCCCACAUGCAUGCCAAUAGAGUCAUAAACUCAUCAGGGAACCAGUUUGGUGACUCCAGAUGAGACCGCCCUUGGCCCACAGAACAAAGCCUUUGGCAAGGGCCGUAAUAUAUUUUUUCUUGCUUUUUAAAAAAGCAUCCGCCAUACAUUCUGGCAUCCUUCCCAAGUUUGGCUUUAACAUGAGUUUAUAAAAUCCAUUUUCCCAAUGCACAUUAAUUAAUGUUAUAGGUGGUGUAGUGGUUAAGAGAAGAUUGAUUCUAAUCUGGGGAACUGGGUAUGAUUCCCCACUCCUCCACCUGAGUGGCAGACGCUUAUC